AUGACAAGCUAUCUUCCUGCUGCUUUUCCAGGGAGCCAGGGCCACAAGAAAAGUGUCCGGACUCCGAAGUUGCCCAAACAGGGUGGCAUGAAUUGGGCAGACCUUUUACCACCACUUCCAGCUCACCCACCACCCACAGCAGUGAAUCCUGAAGAAUACAGCAUCAACACAGAGGAAAGUUACGAUCGCGAUGGCCUGUGCCCUCUGCCCCCUGCCCGAAUGUACCUGCAGCAGGAUGAGCUGGAAGAACAGGAGGACGAUGAACGAGGCCCUACACCCCCAGUCCGUGGGGCAGCCUCAUCACCAGCAGCAGUGUCGUACAGCCACCAGUCUACUGCCACCCUAACACCCUCACCCCAGGAGGAGCUGAUGCCCAUGUUACAGGACAGUCAGGAGAACCUGGCUCUCAUCCAGACUGCGAGUGACCACAG